ACUUUGUUCCCUAGGGAGAGAAGGCAUGAUGACCAGCUCCCCAUUCCUGGAUCCCUGGCCGUCCAAAGCGGUGUCCAUCCGUGGGAACCUGGGCCUGGGGGACCAUCCCAAUGACUCGUACUGCUAUAGCUCAGCUAAAAACAGCACUGUGCUUCAGGGGGUCACCUUCGGAGGCAUCCCCACUGUCCUGCUCAUAGAUGUCAUCUGCUUUCUGUUUUUAGUCCUGGUGUUUUCCAUCAUAAGGAGAAGAUUCUGGGAUUAUGGCCGCAUAGCCCUGGUAUCAGAAGCAGGCAGUGAGGCCAGAUUCCAGAGGUUGUCGUCGUCAUCUUCUUCUUCCUCAGGGCAACAAGACUUUGAAAACGAACUGGGAUGCUGCCCUUGGCUGACUGCCAUCUUCCGCCUGACCGAUGACCAGAUCCUGGAGUGGUGUGGGGAGGAUGCCAUCCACUACCUGUCCUUCCAGAGGCACAUCAUCUUCCUGCUGGUGGUGAUCAGCUUCUUGUCCCUGUGCGUCAUCUUGCCUGUCAACCUCUCAGGAGACUUGCUGGAUAAAGACCCCUACAGCUUUGGGAGGACAACAGUGGCCAACCUGCAGACCAACAAUGACCUCCUUUGGCUGCACACCGUCUUCUCCGUCAUCUACCUCUUCCUCACCGUGGGCUUCAUGUGGCAUCACACACGGUCCAUCAGAUACAAAGAGGAAAGCCUGGUGAGACAGACCCUGUUCAUCACAGGACUCCCCAGAGAAACAAGAAAGGAGACGGUGGAGAGCCACUUCCGGGAUGCGUAUCCCACGUGUGAGGUGGUGGAUGUCCAGCUGUGCUACAGCGUGGCUAAGCUGAUGUACCUGUGCAGAGAGAGGAAGAAGGCAGAGAAGAGCCUUGCCUAUUACACAAACCUACAGGCCAAGACAGGCCGACUGACCCUCAUCAACCCCAAGACUUGUGGCCAGUUCUGCUGCUGCGAAGUGCAGGGCUGCGAGCGGGAAGACGCUAUCUCUUAUUACACCCGAAUGAAUGACAGACUGCUAGAGAGGAUUACAGCUGAGGAGUGCCGGGUCCAGGACCAGCCCCUAGGAAUGGCCUUUGUCACCUUCCGUGAGAAGUCCAUGGCUACUUUCAUCCUGAAAGACUUUAAUGCCUGCAAGUGCCAGGGCCUUAGGUGUAAAGGUGAGCCCCAGCCAUCCUCCUAUAGCAAAGAGCUCUGUGUCUCCAAGUGGAUUGUCACCUUUGCCUCGUACCCUGAGGACAUCUGCUGGAAGAACCUCUCCAUCCAGGGCGUCCGCUGGUGGCUGCAGUGGCUGGGAGUCAACUUCACUCUGUUUGUGGUGCUGUUUUUCCUGACCACACCCUCCAUCAUCCUGUCUACCAUGGACAAGUUCAAUGUCACCAAACCCAUUCAUGCGCUGAAUAACCCUGUCAUCAGCCAGUUUUUCCCCACACUCCUGCUGUGGUCCUUCUCGGCUCUGCUUCCCUCCAUUGUCUACUACUCCACACUGCUGGAGUCUCACUGGACGAGGUCGGGGGAAAACCGGAUCAUGGUGUCAAAGGUCUAUAUAUUCUUGAUCUUCAUGGUGCUGAUCCUGCCCUCCCUCGGCCUGACUAGCCUGGAUUUCUUCUUCCGGUGGCUCUUUGACAAAACUUCCUCAGAGGGCUCCAUCAGGUUGGAGUGCGUCUUCCUGCCAGACCAAGGUGCCUUCUUUGUGAACUACGUCAUCGCCUCAGCCUUCAUCGGCAGCGGCAUGGAGCUGCUGCGGCUGCCCGGCCUCAUCCUCUAUACCUUCCGCAUGAUCAUGGCCAAGACGGCCGCUGACCGCAGGAAUGUUAAGCAGAACCAGGCCUUUGAAUACGAGUUUGGAGCCAUGUAUGCGUGGACGUUGUGUGUCUUCACCGUCAUUAUGGCUUACAGCAUCACUUGCCCCAUUAUUGUGCCAUUUGGCCUCAUCUACAUCCUGCUCAAGCAUCUGGUAGACCGGCACAACCUGUACUUCGCUUACCUCCCGGCCAAGCUGGAGAAGAGGAUCCACUUUGCCGCUGUGAACCAGGCCUUGGCUGCUCCCAUCCUCUGCCUCUUCUGGCUUUUCUUUUUCUCCUUCCUUCGUCUGGGUCUGAAGGCCCCCGCCACUCUCUUCACCUUCGUGGUGGUGCUGCUCACCAUUCUGGCCUGCCUGCUCUACACCUGCUUUGGAUGCUUCAAGCACCUGAGCCCCUGGAACUACAAGACAGAAGAGUCAGCAAGUGACAGAGGAAACGAAGCAGAGGCCCAUGUGCCCUCAUCAUUCACACCCUAUGUGCCUCGGAUUCUGAAUGGUUUGGCUUCAGAGAGGACAGCGCUGUCCCCACAGCAGCAGCAGACCUAUGGCGCCAUCCGUAACAUCAGUGGGACUCUUCCUGGGCAGCUUGUGGCUCAGAAUCCUAGCGACAGUGUGGCCUGUGCCUACCAGGAAUCCUGAGAGUGGGCAAGCUGCUGGUCUGGCAGGCUCUGGGCACUCAGGAGGCCCGAGGGACAGAAGGGACUGGAACCCAGGCAGGCUCUUGAGUUCUUUCCUGUUUUAAAGCUCCUGUCUUGUGAGAAGAGGGAACCAGUGGGUCAUGGGGGCUCGGGCCCUUGGCCGAGGGGAUACGGUAGGGCUGCUGUCCCUACGAGACUCCUGUAGGCUGCCUUUCUGGUUCUAGUGUGGGGAGCACCUGCAGCCCCCUCCCUCGUGUGGUCACAUGAGGAUAUGCACACUUAUCCCCCCAUCCACUCAGCGAGGGUACAGCUCUGUAGGUGGGAUGACGUCCCUAGUGGUUUGUAGCCAAGAUCAUGUGUUGGAAUUUUGCCCUCAGGCUGAUCGGAGUUGGAGACUAUGGGUUGAUGCGGAGUUGUGUCCAGGAAAGCCCUGGACACUGUUUAGCCUUCUGCAAUGACCGGCGAGCCUGAGACGGAGCCCAUGUGGGGUCCUACAAUGCUUCCUCAGCCCCUUCUCAAGGAUCAGUGGACAGAUGUAGAGACAAGGAAGUAUCUUGUCCUUGCUUACAGCAGCAGGGCAGCAAACUCCUGCCCAUUGGCUAUAUAGCCACCUCUGCACCUGCUGGGCCUCUGGGCUUUUGUAUCCUGUUGCCCAAGAUUCCGUGACUGGGGUCACCCCGCAGUAGGCAGGGACACUGAGAACCAUCAAUAAAGUACCU